AUGCGGGCAAGGUCCCAUGCGUCGACCAAGCUCAAGGUGGUCCCAACGCCUCGCAUCGCGCUGGGGACGAUCCCUGUGAUCAAUUCAGCGCCAGUGUCGGCGCCUGUAGAGCAGCCAAGAGAGUACAGUGGCAGUAGCGGGGAUAGAGGGCCAUCCUACGCUUCGCUGAGUGACGGAGCAGUGGCAAGUGAUGUGGUGGAUCUGACUCAGCCAACAACGACGCCGUUGCCGCCAACUACAGGGAGCAGUCGCGGUUUUACAGGGAUCGAUGAUGACGCAGACAGCUUGUUUGACGCCGUGGAUGUCGACGCACUUGUCGCCAACCACCAGCGGUCGAAGCAUCAGACUCGUCGUCCGGCUCCGCAGAUGUCGCCGCUUUCGGACCAGAGUUUGAUAUCGCCUCCGUGCACGCAGACAAGUGGGUCACAGGAAGCUGCGAGUGCUGUCAUGGCUGAUGAGUUGCGCCAGUCGAUCAAAAGGACGCGUGAGAAUCUGCGCAAAGUGCGCGAAGAGUGCGACGACGCGUCACUCGAAGGAGACGUGCCAGACUUUAUGCAGAAACGUCGUACGGAGCUGGAGCAGGAUCUGGAGGAGUUGAGUAGAAAGUAUAGGGAAUGCAAAGGCACAGCCAGGGCAUCUCCUCACAGCCGAAAUGUUUCCCCGGCGCGAGUUCCACCUCGUCCUGUGCUGAUGCCGCAAUCGUACAAUAGCGGGGUCGAGUCAUCAAAUACGAACCCGACUUGCUCUUGCGGAAUGACAACUGCUGAAGCUCGAGUGCAGCAUGGCCCAAACGCCAACCGACUAUAUUAUCGUUGCAGUACGUGCGGGUUUCACUCUUGGCCAUGUGUCUCCAGCGACCCGAGCGUAAAUGCCAAAAUGCUGCGAGCCAAGCGAGUGCUUCGCGAUGUUUUUGGUCACAACGCUUUCCGACCGAAUCAGGAACGGACGGUCAUGGAAGCUUUCAGCAGGCGCGAUGUUUUCGUUUUGAUGCCAACUGGAGGCGGCAAGAGUCUGUGCUACCAACUGCCUGCCUGUAUUGAUGAUGGCGUGACGAUCGUCGUUUCUCCGUUGGUGUCGCUUAUUCAAGACCAAGUACAGCAACUCGAGGCUCUUGAUGUGGGUGUUGCAAAUUUGAAUGGCGACCAAGACUAUGAUACUGUGCAGAAACCCAUCAUCUCGGAGCUUUUCUCGAACCGGAUUCGAAUCAAGAUGCUUUAUGUGACGCCCGAGAAAAUUGCUUCCAGUGGCAUGCUCAACAACCUAUUCGAGUCGCUUGAAAAGCGUGGGCUCUUGGCUCGCUUUGUUAUCGAUGAGGCACACUGUAUCAGUCAAUGGGGGCAUGACUUCCGAAAGGAUUACAUGACUCUGGGUUCACUGCGAUCAAAGUUCCCGUCGGUCCCAAUCAUGGCGCUAACCGCAACAGCCAACACACAAACGGAGGCAGACAUUGUUAAGAAUCUGAAGCUCAAGAACCCGUUCAUCACUCGCUCAAGCUUUAAUCGGCCAAAUCUCACCUACGAUGUACGCAAGAAAACGUCCAAAUUCAUGACUGAGAUAGCUGAUUAUGUCCGGAAACACAUCGAUGAUUCGGGGAUUAUCUACUGUUUGUCGAAGAAAGAUUGCGAGCAAACAGCGGAUAAGCUGAUUAAAGCGCUGGGCUUUGAACACACGCGCAAAGCAAGCCAGAUUUCGUUUUACCAUGCUGGAUUAGAACCAGAGGACCGUGCAUACCGUCACCAUGAGUGGAGCAAAGGCAAGAUCAAGCUGAUCUGUGCCACUGUGGCGUUUGGAAUGGGAAUCAACAAGCCCGACGUCCGCUACGUGAUCCACCACACAAUUCCGCAAUCUGUGACACAUUACUACCAGGAAGCUGGACGAGCAGGAAGAGAUGGCGAAGUGGCAAACUGCAUCCUCUACUAUUCCUUUCUGGACUUGACUCGACGACGCAAGUUAAUCACCAAAGAUCGCGAUAAUAUGCAGCAUCGUAACGUGCACCUGCAGAACCUUCGACGAAUGACUGAGUUCUGUGAGAAUCAAGUAGAAUGCCGGCGAACAUCUCUUUUGGAGUAUUUUGGUGAACAUUUUUCCAGCGAUCAAUGCCGUGGAACUUGUGACAACUGCAAGAACAAAGCGUUGGGUAUCACAUUUGAGAAGUCGGAUGUAACCGAGGACUGCGUAGCCCUUGCCGGAAUGAUCAAAAGCCUCCAGGAAUCUGGCGACCCCGCCACCCUCGUACAAAUCAGUCAAAUUUUCCUGGGCCAAACGAUCAAGGGUCGAGAGUGGAAGCAAGACCAGUUUGCACAACUUGCAGGCUUCGGCAAAGGCAAAGGGCGCUAUUCUCGCAGUGAAGUGGAGCGUAUACUGUAUCACAUGGUUCUUCGGCAAUAUACCCGCGAAGUGGACCAAACGAACGCUAAAGGGUUUACGACUACUUUCUUAGCACCGGGUAUCAAUGCUACCAGGCUCAUGCGUGGCGAACGAGUUCGCAUCGUAUGCAAGACAAAAUACCAAUCGCGCACCUCUGCUAGUGAUGGAGCACCAUCGCAGACAACCAAGGCCUCGAAGAAAAAAGCCCCAAAGAAAACUGCAGAGAAGAAAACUAAGGCGCCCGGAUCUCGCAAGACGACAACCAAGAAAAAGAAGAAGACGAGUACCAAGGACGUGGUUGAAGACUUUAGCGACGAUGACGACGUGAUAGUUGUUCCACCACCUUCGACUACAACGGCGUACCCGCUCAUUCCAGAGCGCACGUCUUCUAGGAGAAUUCCUGAAGAUCACGUCGAAGCGCUUGCCCAGCUGCUCAAGGAUUGGCGUGCUAGCGUGUGUGACAGCCACAACCUCAUGCCGUACCACAUACUUCCAACUUCGGGUAUCGCCGCGAUCGCCAACGCAGUCCCCGUGUCAAAUGCAGAACUCCUCGAGAUUGACGGUCUCGGACGGACUCGAGUGAAAAAGUACGGUGAGCCGAUCAUCGCUAUCGUGCAAACAUACCUCGACAAGCACAACCUUACCCCAAAGCCGUUGCCCUCUGCCCGCUCAACCAACGUGCUGGACAGCUUGGAUGAUUGGGAUUCCGCCGUUGAAAUUAUCGAGCCGCCCCCAGCACCUAAGUCGUCCCCAUUUUUCCAGGGCAACGCACGAAAAACUUCGCUUACGUCUACGAAGCCGACAGCAAACACAAAUCGGAGCGUGAUCGAUGACAGUCUAGAUGACAUCGAUUGGGAUGAACUGGAUGCGGACAUGUUGAACCAAACGAGCUCAAGUGCGGCGACUGCCAGUCGCAAACGCUCGCUGGACAUGUCGGGAACCACUUCAAGCUGGAAGAAGCGCAACAUUUGA